AUGGACAAUAUCAACCGGCAUGUUGAACGAUUGAGAGACGAAAUCACGACAGACACCACCCUCGCUCGUGUUCACGAUUUUGUCGUCUCAGGGGCUCCAAAAUUGCCAUCCGCCGCCGGGGUUUAUCUCCUCGAGAAGAUCCCCAUAGUCCAGUGGCUGCCUCGAUACUCUCCUAAAUGGCUUAUCACCGACUUCAUCGCCGGGCUGACUGUAGGCGUCAUGCUCAUUCCUCAGUCCCUAGCUUACGCAAAGAUUGCAACCAUUCCCAUAGCCAACGGUCUCUAUUCGAGCUGGCUUCCAGCCGCGUUUGCAGUUUUCAUGGCAACAUCAAAGGACCUCUCAACCGGCCCAACCUCUAUCCUGGGUCUCCUCACUGCCGAAAUCGUACACGAUCUGACUGCAGAAGGCUUUGACGCCUCAGCGAUAGCCUCCUCUAUUGCCCUCAUGGUCGGGGUCUACUCCCUGGUCAUCGGUCUUUUCGGUCUAGGGUUCAUCCUAGACUACGUAUCCUUUCCGGUGUUGACGGGCUUCAUCUCGGCCGCCGCUCUUGUCAUCGCAUUCGGCCAAGUCGGGUCCCUCGUCGGCCUCACAAACGUUCCCUCCGGCGUUUUCAACGUUAUCGGUGACGUCCUUCGCCGUCUUCCAAAGUGGGAUGGCCCGACCUGUGGUAUCGGCUUCGGGACACUCCUCAUUCUCAUCGCUCUUGAGAAGGUUGGCAAGAAAUGGGGCAAGCGACACUUCGCCAUCAAAUUCCUCGCCAACUCGAGGGCAGUUAUCGUGCUGAUAGUUUUCACUCUGAUCAGUUAUCUGGUGAACCACAGCCGUGCCAAAUCCGAUUACUCCUGGAAAGUAAGCCAAGUGAGCACUCAUGGCAUUACUCAUCCUAUUGUGCCAGCUUCCAACCUAAUCCAGAAGGUUGCAACAAGAGCUGUUGCGCCCUUAGUUGCCAGUACCCUGGAACACUUGGCUGUCGGCAAGGCAUUUGGAACGAAGAACAACUACCAAAUCGACAAGAAUCAAGAGUUCAAUUACCUUGGUGUUGUCAACAUUGUCAAUAGCUUCUUCAGUACCAUGCCCGUCGGUGGUGCCAUGUCUCGUACAGCCGUCGCCUCGGAGUGCGGCGUCAAGAGUCCUUUGACGGGCCUGUUCACUGCUGCCUUCAUCCUGUUGACCCUUUAUGUCUUGUCUCCUGCUCUUUAUUGGCUUCCUUCCGCCACUUUAUCUGCAAUUAUUAUCAUGGCCGUUGUACAUCUCGUUGGUCCAUUGUCGCUCUUUUACCGUUUCUGGCGCAUCUCAUUCCCUGACUUCGCUGCCUCAAUGGUCUCUUUCUGGGUCACCAUUUUCGUUUCUGCCGAAAUCGGCAUCGGCGCUGCAGUGGGAUGGAGCAUCGUCUGGACCAUGUUGCGAUCAACCUUUGUCAAGCCCGUUAUUCACUCCAGCAACAAUGAAACUACUCACACUAUCCCCCAGCCGAUUACCCGCAUCGUCAGCGACGACGGUAGGCGGGGUACCGAGAACCGCACCGAGAACUCCGGCAUCGCCAUCCCUAGUGACACUAUCGUCGUCGACUUCAACGACGCCAUCUUCUUCCCUAAUGCUGAGCGAGCAAAGAAUUCGACUCUCACAGCAAUCAAGCUGGUGUACCCUCGCGUCGAGACCAGCAUGAGCCAAGACGACCGCGAGCGGCACUGGAGCGUUGCGGGAGAGAAAAGACUGGAGAGGAUAAGAGCACAGAGGCAGAUCCGGCUCAAGGAAACGCCCCUUGCAGUUGUCGUCUGGGACUUUACCAUGGUACCAUUCAUCGAUACGACAGGUCUCACGGCGUUGAAGGAGCUCAAAACUGAGAUUCGGUCGCAUUCUGGUAAGAGCGUCCAGAUCCGGAUGGUGGGCAUGUCAGACAAGGUCCGCAGCCGGUUCUUAAGGGCGAAAUGGGUCCUUGUCGGCUUGGAAGAGUGGAGGGAGGAGGACGCUGACUUGGUGUACCCCUCAAUGGAGACUGCGAUCUGGGAUCGCGAUGGAGAAUCUGGACCAGACUCCUCCAUUGAAAAGAAGGGUUAA